GUCCCAAACCUUAUAAGAGUUUGAUUCACUCCAGACACUCUGUUCAUUUGGGUAUUUAGAUUAAUACUUAGCGUUAUGAACGUGAUGAUGAUGUAUGUUAUUCUGGUACAUGAUCAUAAGCGUUAUUGCGACGGUUUAUUUUGAAUGACUGGCUGCCAAUUUUUUUUUUUUUUUUUUUUACAACCGGACACUUGGAUUAAGAAGUGGAAAACCGGGCUUUUUUCGGAUUUUUAACAUUGUUCUGCCGUUGCUUUCUUCGUUAUUUUAGAUAUAACAAUUAGACAAGCGUUCGCAGUUGUUUUGACGGUCCGAUUUACAGUAUUUAAAGGGCUUAAUUCACUUCGCGAACACGAUCCAUUGUUAAAUAAAGGAUGUCUGCUGAACCAUUUUCCUACAUCGAAAUGAGUCGUGUCAGCGCAGCAAGCACUGACAUCGGUAGUGUCGAUCAUCUACCAAGAGAAACGGAGCCCAGCGAUUCAUUACAGGAGGCCGGGUGGUACUGGGCUGACAUAUCAAGGGAGGAGGUAAACGAAAUCCUCCACGGCUUGCCAGACGGUGCUUUCCUGGUCCGAAAUGCCUCCUGCAGGGUGCAGGGAGAAUACACAUUAACUGUGAGGAACAAUGGCACCAACAAACUCAUCAGGAUCCAACACCGAGAUGGAAAAUUUGGAUUCUCGGAGCCUCUGACCUUCAGCUCUGUGCCGGAUCUGAUAUCUUACUACAGGCAAAGGAGCUUAGUCCAGUACAACACUUCCCUGGAUGUCACACUGGCUUAUCCCGUGUCCCACUGUCACACGGAUCUACCUGUGAAGGAAGAGUUUUUGAGCGCCACCAGAGAGAAACUUCAAGAAUGUUUAAGACUGUUUCAGAAGACGGCAGAGUAUGACCAGCUAUAUGAUGCUUGCACCACUUUAUUACAGGAAAUCCAAAGGACAAAUACUUUAGAGCCCGUCAGUAUGACCGAGAUCUCAAAAGACCAGUGUUAUUCUCAAGAGAACUCUUGCAAGGAUUUCCCCGUCUCAGUCCACAGUCAUCUGACAAAGUCUCCAUACGAGGUAAAAGAGGAGCGAGAGGAGAGCGUGGAGCUUCUGGAGGAAGAGCGAUGGUUUGUGGGAGAUCUCGGGCGAGGUCAGGCGGAGGAGCUUCUCCACGGGAAACCGUCCGGUGCUUUCCUCAUCCGAAACAGCAGCUCGAAGGAUUGCUACGCCUGCUCUGUGGUGGUGGGCAGCCAGGUGAGGCACUGUGUGAUUCGCCACACCGAGCGCGGCUACGGAUUCGUCGAGCCGUUCGAUCUCCACAAGUCUCUGAAGGAUCUCGUUCUGCACUACCAUCACACCUCGCUGGCACAGCACAACCAGGCUCUGGACGUCCGGCUGGCGUAUCCGGUCCACAGCUGAGUCCACUUGCAUCCCGGUGAGGGUUACGUGCACUAAGACUGAAGAAGAUGUGCCACUCAUUGGCGUUGUCCCUUCAUUUUACAAUGUGCGAAGGGUGGAACCAACUGUGUAUGUGUAUUGCACUUUCCAAAGCAUUCCUCAUGGUCAUAAUGAAACUCCAGUACUUGAACAAGUAUUCGAUGAGCCCUUUGUAGACAUGUUUACAGAUAGUCACAAAAACAACAGAAUUUGUAAUACGAUCACGCUUUUUAAGUGGGGAUGAAUGCAUAUAGCCUUUUUUAUUAAAGUUUUAUUAAAACAUUUUAAAGUGUAUUUUGUGAAUGUAACAAAGUGGGUGCAUUUAUUAUUCAAUGGCAAACUUUUUAAAUUUUGCUUUAUUGUCUAAAACAAGAUACCGGCAAUUCAUUUAUUUUAUUUUCUUGCACCCAAGCAAGGACGUUCUUGACGCUUGGUUUAAUAGAAAUCCAAAAAAUGUUUCAGAAGCAGUUUUUAGUUAAUAAAUGUUGAGCAACAUAUUUUGUGCACAAUACAAGUAUCCAUUUUACACCUGUUGGCAAGUUACAGGAAAUGUAUUUGUUGAGUUUAAGUUCUACUUCUAAUGUUUACUUGUUUUUAGGAAGGCCAGGACAGUGUAGUUGUCUUAUGGGACACUUCAUUGAGUUUAAUAAAUGAGCGUGUCUAUGGUAAACGACACAAUGCCAAACUGCUCAUACUUGAGAUGAACAACUCUCUGUAAAAUAUUUUUUUUUAGUUUUUUUUGUCAUUUGUCAGCAGCAUAAGGGGAACAUUUACCCUGAUUCGCAGAGCUUUUUUUUUUUUUUUUUGCUACAGUUUUCCCUUGCAUGCUUCUUUACAAAAAUCAAAUAAAAGAACAGAUUGUGAAUAAAUUCAGA